CGGCGGCUCCUUCAGGCAGCUGAAGGGGGAUUUAGGCCCGGAAGAUCCGAGUCCAUCCGCGGCGGGGAGAGGGCGAGCGGGGCCGGCGGGGGCCGGAGCAGGGGCGGCGGCGCUCGGACUGUCCCAUCCGCCCCGUAUUGAGGCGCUGGGAGCAGCCGGGCGGCCGGAAAGCGAUGGUGAAAGCGGGGCCGUGAGGGGGGCGGAGCCGGCAGCCCGACCCGCCGUAGCGGCAGCAGCGGCGCCGCCUCCCCGAGCUCAGACCCAGGAAGCGGCCGGGAGGGCAAGAGCGAGCCGGAUCCGCCGCCGUCGCCACCAUGGAGCUCAGAGUCGGGAACAGGUACCGGCUGGGCCGGAAGAUCGGUAGCGGCUCCUUCGGAGACAUCUAUCUCGGUACGGACAUUGCUGCAGGAGAAGAAGUUGCCAUCAAGCUUGAAUGUGUCAAAACCAAACACCCUCAGCUCCACAUUGAGAGCAAAAUCUACAAAAUGAUGCAGGGAGGAGUGGGCAUCCCCACCAUCCGGUGGUGCGGGGCGGAGGGGGACUACAAUGUCAUGGUGAUGGAGCUGUUGGGACCGAGCCUGGAAGACCUGUUCAACUUCUGCUCCAGGAAAUUCAGCCUCAAAACUGUCCUGCUGCUUGCUGACCAGAUGAUUAGUCGCAUCGAAUACAUUCACUCAAAGAACUUCAUCCACCGAGAUGUGAAGCCAGAUAACUUUCUCAUGGGGCUGGGGAAGAAGGGCAACCUGGUCUACAUCAUUGACUUUGGGCUGGCCAAGAAGUACCGGGAUGCCAGGACCCACCAGCACAUCCCCUACCGAGAGAACAAAAACCUCACUGGGACGGCGCGGUACGCCUCCAUCAACACGCAUCUUGGAAUCGAGCAAUCUCGAAGGGAUGAUCUGGAGUCACUGGGCUAUGUGCUCAUGUACUUCAAUCUGGGCUCUCUGCCCUGGCAGGGGCUGAAGGCAGCCACCAAGAGGCAGAAGUACGAACGGAUCAGCGAGAAGAAGAUGUCCACCCCCAUCGAAGUGCUGUGUAAAAGCUACCCCUCUGAGUUCGCCACGUACCUGAAUUUCUGCCGCUCCUUGCGUUUUGACGACAAGCCUGACUACUCCUACCUGAGGCAGCUCUUCAGGAAUCUCUUCCACCGCCAGGGUUUCUCCUAUGACUACGUGUUCGACUGGAACAUGCUCAAAUUUGGAGCCAGCCGGGCAGCUGAUGACGCUGAGCGGGAACGCCGCGAUCGAGAGGAGCGGCUGAGGCACCCUCGGAACCCAGCCGCCCGCGGCCUCCCCUCCACGGCCUCUGGCCGCCUGCGGGGCACCCAGGAGGUGGCUCCUCCCACCCCCCUCACCCCUACCUCACACACUGCUAACACCUCUCCUCGGCCCGUGUCUGGCAUGGAAAGAGAGCGGAAAGUGAGUAUGCGGCUGCACCGCGGCGCCCCCGUCAACGUCUCCUCCUCCGAUCUCACGGGCCGACAAGAUACCUCCCGCAUGUCGACCUCACAGGUGUCCUCAGAGAAAUGGCUCGGUCAUGCACACGGGUCCCUUCCACCCACAUCCUCCUCUUCCCUCUCUGGCUUUGGUGCUGUGGCUCUUCUGCGUUCACCCACGUGUCCUCCACAGAUGAGCUCUUUUCACACACUUGGACCUUCUUGCUCAGGUAGCUGUCAGGUCCCUCUCCUGCUUCCAACAGGGUCCUCCGGGUGCCUGUGCCCCGUGGUAUCUGCGGGGGGUUGGGGGGACGGGCACUGGUUUGGGGGAGCACCCUGGAAGCCCGGGUCCUGGGUCACGCGCCCCCGGCGGUGCCCCUCCGGCUCACUGUGGUACCUCUCUCGUUGACGAGUUAGCCUUGGGCCCUGCUGCUGGCACACGCUUGGUGCUGGGCGUAUCUUGGUGAAUUGCUGGGCCGAGCACGUUGGUUAGGAGAGCACAGGGUCUGUGAGAACUGCCCAGAACCUCAGUUCCGCAGCGUCUGCUUCACCUUCUGGCAGAGGAGCAAGGAGGGAGUGCUCCUGAUCACUUUUAUUUUAGCCCAGUGAAGUGAAGAGUUUCGGUGUGACUACCUCUAGGUUGCUGGUAGUUCUGCCAGAAAGGGGUUGUCUCUGUACGUAACUUUUUCCCAAAGAGAUUAAGGAUCCGCGUAGUUCUGAUCGUGGGGCUCGAGGAGUCUGGCCAGCGUAAUGAGCUUGGGCCCCACACUGCACCUCCCUCCCCGCAGGACACAGAAAGGGCUAUGGGCUUCUUCCCCCAAGCCCUGGAAUCCAUGAAUCGGCAGCAGGAGAUAGAUCGUAGGCAGCGUCUGCCCACGCGCGGCCGAGAGCCCAGGCAUACAGUCUGCUCCAGGGCCCCAGAUACCCCAGGCAGGGACAAUCGGGAGUCUGUGGACCCCAGGGGCUCUGUCUGGACUCAGGAUCUACGUUCUCGACCUCAGCCAGUGAAGGUGAAGGAAGGGGCAGAGCUAAUUCUCUUUGAGGGAAAAGAACGUACAUGGAGGGUUUGGGACGACAGAGGGCCCGAGGCUGCUGGGACCGAGCCCAGCUUCUCCCGCACGGUGUGGCCAGCCUCGGCCCACAUGCCCUUGGGCCUUGCUGUGAAGUCUCACUGAGCAGAGGCGAGUUUGCAGCUGGGAGUCCCGUGUUCCGCGUCCUCGUUCUUUGUGCUUUCCGUGUGAAGAAGCGUGAGACUGGACCAGAAGGACGAGGCUCCAGAGGUGUGAUGGGGAGGUGUCUCCCCUCUGAUAGAAGCACUGGUCUCCCUGGGGGUCUUCUUAGGGUCUUUGUGUUGAGGACACGGCCCUGGGAUGUGUCCCUGACGCACCCCCGACCCAGAAAUGGUCCCUCCUUUGGGUUUUCCGGGUCACCCACCUGCGCUCUUGGGAGACUCUGCACCAGGCUCCUGCCCUCCAUGGGGGGGGGGGGUGACAGGCACCCUGUGGGACAGCAAGAGUCUCUUUCUGAGAUUCUUGGCGGGGGGUGCCCCCCAGUGUCGGCCCCGGUGGUUUGGAAGUUCCAGCUUGUGUGAUUCUGUGGGUUCCGUUCACUCUUCCCCAAAGGAAGCGGGGUGCAGGUAGAGCCAGGGAUGCUUCUGUGAAGCGAGGGCGGCCCCCAUGGGGCUGAGGCCGUGCGUGUUCUGUCCGAGCCCCGUGGCUGCUUUUCGUCUGGGUUCUCUGUGAGCUUUGAAGAGAUGUCGUGUCUUGUGCAGAUGUCCGAUGUCGGAGGCAGUAGUUCUUCCCGGAAGGCGCUCGAGCCGCCGGCCAGCCUGUGGGGGACCCUGCUGACUCUCCAGCUGGGCGCGGGGAGGGGCCGUUGACAUCUGUGUCCCUCGUCCCCACCCCUUAACCGUGGUGCGCUCAGACUUUGCAGGAGGGUGACCGUUCCUUGCCCCUACUUCCUUCUGGAGGGGGCUUGUGCUAGAGCACGGUCCCCACGCUCCCGACCCAGGGCACGAGUCCGACUUCUCAGCCAGAGCAGUGAGGACCCCAGAGGGCAUCUGGUCGAUGAACCUGUUUGUGAGUUUCUGUCUUUGAGAAGAAAAGGCCUCGCGGGUCCGGUGCCGUGAAUAGAACGUGACACGGCCUCUGAGGUUAACUCCUUUCCAGUAAGACCCGUGGCCCCCUUGUCUUCCCUGUGGCCGGUCCGCGUGUCAGGAGGGGUGGCCAAGCACAGGCAAGGCCUGGGGGCGGGGCCCACCGCGGGCCCCCAUCCGGAAGUGUCAGGUUCACGCUCUGCUCUGCCUGAUGAGGCGCGAGGAGCGGCUGCGGCUGCUCUCAUCAUUCCCGGGGUCCCCUCUGGGGCAGCCUGGCCGGGUCGCGGACCCAGUUGAAGCGAGGUGCGGAAGGCCUCAGUCCUGCUUGCCGGCGGAACCGUUACCAACGGCUGUCUUUUCCCCCCCA